AUGCCCACUUCACCAGGCUUUCAAGAUACCGAACCAUCUUCGGAAGACGAAAACAAAAUAACCAUCGGUGGCCGAGAUAAACUGCUCAAGUCUUGGACUGACUCCAAAACAUUCAUCGAACGCUGCUGGGAGACUUGGGAAACCGAAUAUCUACUCAGCCUUCGAGAGCGUAAACAAAUAGACCAUAGGACGGGCAGACUAAUCAAUCGAAACUUACCCCAACUGGCAGAAGUAGUAAUCAUCCAUGCAGAAAUGAAACCCCGUCCUUUAUGGAGAUUGGGAAUUAUCAAAAAACUCAUAAAAGGCACAGACGGCAGUAUCCGGUCCGCAGAACUCUACUGCGCACCCAACAAACUCGUCUCACGUCCACUCAACUUGCUUUACUCACUAGAAGUUCAAGAUGACGACGCUAGACUCACUCGACGACGACAUGAAGAAAGUCAGAUGGAAACGGACAAAGAGCCGACAUCAAGACACAACAAGGCUCAACAGCAAGAAAAUUAUUAUCAAGAUCUAGUAACACGAUCCAGAUCUCGAACACUCAAAACCGGUUCAACGAGUGUGUCGAAAACGGACGGAAAUUUACCGCAAAAACUUGAGAGAAGUUAUGCGAAAUUCAAUCCAAACGAAAGAAAUAUUCGCGGUGAGACGUUGAUCAUUUCGGUGAUUCGUUAUGAACCCGACAAAGCAACUCAGAUUCGUCAAAUGAACACGUUGAUACGAUCAGGAUGUGACGUGUCAUUACCAGAUUCGAAACAGUUGCGAACACCUUUGAUGGUUGCAUGUUUGAUGCGCAAUGAUGCCAUAGCACAUCAUCUGAUCAAUAACAAUGCAAAUUUGCUGGUUGCUGAUAAAAAAGGCAAUACAGCAUUGAUGUAUGCAGCUGUCUAUUCACGGUCAUCCCUUCUCUCACAUCUUUGUGAACAAUUGGUGAAACGAUGGGCGCUCGAGGCUUUCCUUGCCAAAAACUUUAUGGGUUACACGGCCGAGGGUUUGGCACGAAAAAAUGAGCGCUACAUGUAUUCAAUGAUGUUGAAAAAACAACGGCUAAGGAUUGUGAAAUUGUUGCGUGAUUUCGUCACUUCGAACCUCAAAUAUGCACCUGAAUUUAAGUCGUGGCAGCAAUUCGUUUCCGUUUACAAGGUACCGUUUCAUAUGCGGCCUAGUUUCAUUUGA